AUGGAACUACGUAAUAACUCUGUUGUAAUCAAAUGUCACAAAUGUCGACAUGUACUAUUAAACGAUCUGAACAUUGCUCAUAAUAAACAAUUGUGUGAUUCAAAAGGUUGUGAUAAUUUCGACGUGAAAAAGUUUAUUUAUCUACAUGAAGAUAAAAUUCCAUCUUGGAUCAAAAGAAAAGUAGAGAAUGAGCAAUGGACCAAGGGAAAAUUACAUUGUGAAAAUUGUGGCUGCAAAGUAGGCUCCUUUGAUUUUAUUUCAGGAAGAAAAUGUGAUUGUGGAAUGGCAGUAUUACCUCCAAUACAUUUUGUAACUAGUCAAGUUGAUAUAGCUUUACCAUUAAUACAUUUAUUAAAUAAAUAA